AUUUCAGUGAGUUGGCAAGCAAGAGAAGAUGAUCGACUAUCUGGAACCAGUCGGUAUUUGAGCUAGUGUUUGGUCCCAAUUAUAUUGUUCACGUAGAUGAACCGAACCGGUUCGGGCUCAACCUUAGUUUAUUUAUUCGAAGCUAGGCUCAGUUCAGCUCGUCUAGUUGGCAGUGUGUAUUUAUGCAGCUCAUUAACUUUCACUUUGCUUAUAACGAGCUGUGAACAAACCAACACGGAAAAUACUAUUGAAUCGGUGCUAGAACUGUGGAUGCAAAUCCGAGAUUUGAAUCGGGAUCAACGGGAGAAGCAUGUAAACAAUUGCGACGAUGGCGACAAUGGCAUCCAAAUACGAGUGCAUUUUAAGCGACUGUCAGACGAAGAGCAUACUAUGGGAGGACCCCGAUUUCCCCGCCGUACAGUCUUCCGUUUUUUAUUACCAGACACCUCCAUUCACAUUUCAAUGGAAGCGCAUCGCAGAGCUAAACCACGCCCAGGCGAUCUUCCUUAGCGAGGGAGCCGAGUUUGACGUGGUGCCCGGGAAGAUGGGAGACCGCUGGCUAGUCUCAUGCUUGGGUGUGCUAUGUUCGCUAAGGAAUCUCUUCUACCGCGUCGUGCCCGCUGAUCAAACUCUUGUCAAGGCGCAUGGCGUCUUCCGCUUUCGAUUAUGGUGGUGCGGCGAAUGGGUCGAGGUGCUCGUCGAUGACCGUCUGCCUACAAUCAACGGUCGUCUAGCCUUUAUGCAGCCUCAGACCUCUCAAUGUUUUUGGGCUGCGCUUCUAGAGAAGGCGAUUGCUAAACUGCACGGCUCUUACGAAGCCCUUAAGUAUGGUACGCGCUCCGACGGGCUAACCGACUUACUCGGCGGUGUGGUGCGCUGCAUGCCGAUCGUUAAGGACACUAUUCGACCACAGACACUUAAGGAUCAGUUAGCCACUACCUGCAUCGUUACCUGCCUGGCAUCUAAGAAUGUUUCGGUACAAAAGAAGAACGUGGCAGAACGACUCCCCAAUGGAAUCCUGCUAAACGUCAAUUAUAGGCUUUCCAGUUUAGACAAAGUGGAGACCCUCAUGGGGGAUUCCGUGCAGUUAAUCAGCAUAAGAGAUACAUUUUCCACCAAACCCUUUGGAGAAAAAACGCACUUCCUUGGCGAUUGGUCGCCACUCUCAAAGAUGUGGGAACGUGUAUCGUCAGCAGAACAACAGCGUUUGGUCAGUCACCUGGGCCCAGGCGAAUUUUGGAUGUCAUUUUGCGACUUUGUACAGAUCUUCAGCAACUUGGAAGUAGUCUACCUCGAUUCGGACACGGCAAACGACGAGGAAAUGCUUAAAAAUCGGCCUCUCCAAUGGAAGAUUAAAAUGUACCAAGGCCAAUGGAAACGCGGAGUGACGGCUGGAGGCUGUCGAAACCACGAAUCGUUUCACAUAAACCCCCAGCUAUUAAUUUCUGUGCAGGAACGGCAAGAUGUCGUAAUCGCCCUCAACCAGCAUACAGCUGUGGAGCCAAAAGUUAUUGGAUUCACAAUGUACACAUGGGACCGUGACUACGGUUUCAAUGAGUGCCUGCAGAAGGACUUCUUUAAAAGCCACGUGAGCCUCCUCAACUCAGACUACGGAAACACGCGACACGUGAGCUACCACACGCAACUGGAAGUGGGUCACUACGUACUCAUUCCUACUACUUACGAGCCAGCUGAGGAGGCACAUUUUACGGUCCGCAUCCUAGGAACAGGAUCUUUUAGACUCUCUUGCCUUGAAACAGAAACCAUGAUCCUGCUCGAUCCAUUUCCCGCUCUUAAAACUGAGGAAAACGGUGUUAAGGGAAAGAGCGUGUGUCAGUACGAACCCAUUUAUAUGCAGAUAGCUGACGAAAACAAGACCAUUAACUGUUUUGAGCUUCACGAGCUCUUGGAAGCAUGUCUUCCCAAUGAUUACAUAAAGGGUUGCGCCAACAUUGACAUUUGCCGUCAGGUGAUUGCACUCCAAGAUAAGAGUGGCAGUGGGCGCAUUACCUUUCAGCAAUUUAAGACCUUUAUGGUAAAUCUGAAGGCCUGGCAAGGUGUCUUCAAGAUUUACACUAAGGAAAAAGCUGGAAUAUUGCGUGCAGAACGCUUACGAGACGCCCUCUGUGAUAUCGGUUUCCAGCUCAGCACCGACAUCAUGAACUGCCUCAUCCAGCGCUACAUUCGCAAAGAUGGCACACUGCGCCUUAGCGACUUUGUGUCGGCCGUCAUCCACCUCACCACUGCCUUCAACCAAUUUCACUUGAAGAACUACAGCCAAGUGAAUGUUAUCGAGGUUCAUCUGAAUGACUGGAUUAAAAGCAUCUUGAGCUCAUAAUCCAACAAAUGGCACAGUGUUCCUAAUCUUUUUUCUAUUGGCAGUUUAAAUAUUCUCAGGUGCUCAGAUUAUAUUUCAAAUAUUUAUAAAAAUCAUUGGAUUUUUAAUUGAGAUUUUUUUAUAUUUACAAUUUUUCUUAAAUAUUUUAUACCAAUGUUAUAGAGCAUUUCUCAAUACAAUUUAUUGAGUGUUUCCAUAUAUUUAUGGAAACAAUCUGAGAAGAAAUAUACCAAAAACUUGUUGGAAUGCUAUCUAAACCAGUCCUAUAUUAUUUAAAAAUUUGCAAUACUUUU